GCUCCGCUUUGUGUUUGUUUCUUGAAAGGGGAACCUCCAGCUCCAAUCUUCAAUUCGAUCCGCCCACCGCAAUCGCAGUUCGACGGCGGUGUUCUCAGUGGCUUGCCGUCUCCAUAAUCACCAAAUUAGGCUUUGAUCGUUACCAUGCGGCAUCUGAUGCUUUUGGUUGUAAUCUCCGUGGCUUUGGUUCUGGCCAAGCCGGCAACGGAGGCGCCUCGUCUCCUGAUUGACUCUGCACCUUCGGUGGUCUCCUAUCAAGGAUCCUCGCAGGCUCAAACCCGCUUCGUCAUCGCGCCCAUGGGAAGGGCAUUGGGCUACGUGGAACCCACCAACCUCAAUCGAACCUUCCACACAAAAGCCACGCAGGAGGACGGUACUGGAUACGAGCAACUCAAUCUGAGUCCGGUUUAUGUGCCUAAUAGUUAGGCCAUGGAGUGCCGUAGUUUAAGCUAGUUAAAUGUGAAAAUAAAGGCUGCGUAUAUACAGUAUUUUGUUUCAAAUUUCCUGAAAAUGUCUUUCUCCUGAAAAAAUUCCAAGUCUCAGAGGGCUA